AUGCUAUUGCACAUUUUGUGUAUGAUCUGGUCUUCUUCUGUCAUUCUUCUACAAGGGGGGUCUGUGCUCUGUAAGGAGAUGAAGUUGCCCAGCAGAGCAGCCAAGCCGCCCUCUCCAUCUGACUUUCUGGACAAACUGAUGGGGCGCACAUCUGGCUACGACGCCCGCAUCAGACCCAACUUCAAAGGUCCUCCUGUCAACGUCACCUGUAACCUCUUCAUCAACAGCUUCGGAUCCAUCACCGAAACAACAAUGGAUUACCGCCUCAAUGUAUUUCUGAGGCAGCAGUGGAACGACCCUCGACUGGCGUAUAAGGAAUAUCCAGACGACUCUCUGGACCUGGACCCGUCGAUGUUGGACUCCAUUUGGAAACCUGACCUGUUCUUCGCAAACGAAAAGGGAGCGAACUUCCACGAGGUCACAACAGACAACAAACUGCUUCGGAUAUUCCACAAUGGAAAUGUCCUCUACAGCAUCAGGCUGACGCUGACUCUCUCCUGUCCCAUGGAUCUGAAAAACUUCCCCAUGGACAGCCAGAUGUGUAUCAUGCAGCUGGAAAGCUUCGGCUACACCAUGAACGAUCUUAUUUUUGAAUGGCUGGAUGUCGGGGCGGUGCAGGUGGCUGAUGAUAUGACACUGCCUCAGUUUGUCCUGAACGAGGAGAAAGGCCUGGGCUACUGCACCAAGCACUACAACACAGGUAAAUUCACCUGCAUCGAGGUCAAGUUCUACCUUGAGCGUCAGAUGGGCUACUACCUGAUUCAGAUGUACAUACCGAGCCUGCUCACCGUCAUCCUGUCCUGGGUUUCCUUCUGGAUCAACAUGGAUGCGGCUCCGGCCCGAGUGGGACUGGGCAUCACAACGGUGCUCACCAUGACGACACAGAGCUCUGGCUCCAGGGCUUCCCUUCCAAAGGUGUCCUAUGUGAAAGCCAUAGACAUCUGGAUGGCGGUGUGUCUCCUCUUUGUCUUUGCUGCACUACUGGAGUACGCAGCCGUUAAUUUUGUUUCACGCCAGCACAAGGAUUUCUUCAGACUGAGGAAGAAGCUCAAAGAGCAGCAGCGGCAGAGAGCUGUGAGUAAAGAAAACAGACAUGGUCUCCUCUUCCAGAGUUUGGGCAUGGCGCUGUCGGCCGGAAGUGCACCGGAAAUGGACGCCACGCCGGUGUUUGCUGAUCUACCUCCUGGUUUGGGUUUCUAUGAAAUCCGCCGGCGCUUCGUGGAUCGAGCGAAGAGGAUCGACACCAUCUCCAGAGCCGUGUUCCCCAUGAGCUUCCUCAUGUUCAACGUGCUGUACUGGCUCACCUACAAAGUGCUGCGACACGAAGACCUCCAGGCCGCACAGUGACAGGGGGCAUCUGAUCCUGGGGUCUUCACUGGAACAUUGACAGGCUGGGGGUCCUCGGCUGGACCACGUCACCGCCAAAUCCAGCAACACGGAGGAGUUGAUCAGUCCCAUUCAAUUUUUAAUAAUUCCAAGAGAUGCACUUUUUAUUGGCAAUGAUGCAAUAUACAUUAAACACUACACAUUGUU